GAGAGCAGCUCCACCUCAUCAAUUUAACCUCUCCGUGAACAGGUGAUGUACUGUACUCUCAACACACCAGCUUACAGUAUCCGAAACUUACUCUGCCGCUCAGCAACUGCUAUCUCGGGUGCAUCUGCAGUUGCCGCCGCAGAAAGAUGACCGAGUGCAACGUGCUAACCGCAACCGCGACGCAGCUGAGUCGUCUUCUGCAGCAGGGCCACACGACGAGUCACGACAUCGUGCAAGCCUACCUAGCGCAGAUCGACCAGCACAACCGCGCCGGCCUGCAGCUGCACGCGUUGAUCUCCGUUGACCCCGCGAGUGCUCUCGCGCAGGCCGCCGACCGCGACCGCGAGCGGGCCCAGGGUCGGGUCCGCGGCCCCCUCCACGGAGUGCCAAUUAUCGUCAAGGACGCUAUCAUCACGUCGCGCGCGUUGGGACUGCCGACCACCGCGGGGGCUGUUGCCUUCCAAGAUACCUACGGCCGCGCCAACGCAUCGAUCAUCGAUUCUCUGCUCGACCAGGGGAUGAUCAUCCUGGGCAAGGCGAGCAUGACGGAGUUCUGCGGCCUCAAGGCCACCUGUAUCACCGCGGGCUGGUCGGCCGUAAACGGACAGACCCAGUCUCCCUACAUCGCGGGGGGGUUCCGCCCAGACGAUCUCUUCAUCGGUCGCUCCGGGCCCGGGGGCUCCUCGUCGGGGUCGGCCGUGGGCGUCGCGGCUGGCUUUGCCCCGCUGGCCCUCGGCACCGAGACUUCGGGCUCCGUCUGCAUGCCCGCCAAUCGCGCGGGGCUGUACUCCAUCACCGCCACGCAGGGAUCGGUCUCUCUGGAGGGGGUAUUUGCUUUGAGCAGGGACUUUGACAAGCUCGGUGCCAUGGCGCGGUGUCCAGAGGACCUGGCUCUGAUGACAACAGCCCUGACUGGAGUACACUAUGAGCAGUCGGGCGGAUGGGAGGAUGUGUCGGUCGGGUUUGUCGACCCUCUCGUGUGGGAUGCGUUCGCAUUCCAGAAGACUCCAGACCCGGAUGUAGAACAGCAGAUUCUGAGUAGCUAUGAAUGGGCGCGAUCGCAGAUCGCGCAGCGAGGAGGCCGCGUGGCCUACCCGGUCGAAUUGCCGACCAUGGAAAGCCUGCACUACGAGGGCCAGAGUGUGAACUACUCCGUUGCAUUCUACGAGUUCCCAGAGCUAUUUGAGAUAUUCUGCUCCAUGCUGGAAGCGCCAAAAGUGCAUUCAGUUGCGGAGCUGAUCGAAUGGAACAAGGAUCAUGCCUCGGUUGCUUUGCCGCCACCACACACGGAUCAGAACGACUUGGUGGAGACACUGAAAUCGACCAUGAAUGAUGAGAAAGCGGCUGCAGCAAAGGCCUACGCUCAACGGCUGGCGGGGGCAGAGGGUAUUGACGCAACGCUUGCAAAACACGGAAUCGAUAUAAUCAUCGGACCGGGCGACUGUGCCAUCUGUGCCGUUGCUGCGCUGGCGGGCUAUCCCACCGGCAUGGUUCCUCUCGGGCGCUUGGAAGGGCCCGGUGGGCUGGGCCAACCGCAAGGGUUGAUGUUGGUCAGCCGUGCAGGGGGCGAACAGAAGCUUCUACGGUUCAUGCAUCUGUGGAAAGAGAUCGUGGGAGAUUGGGAGGUUCCAGCUUUACUCCGUUGA